UCUCGGUGUUCAGAGCUGAGUAAAUAAUAAAUAUAUCAUUAUAAAAACAGAGCAGUGCCUAUUUAAAGGGUUAAAAUGGAGGAAUUGAGCUUUUGGUGGCUGUUUCUGGUGGGUAAUGUUCAACUAGCAUCAUCAGACUCACACUUAGUGCAGUACUUUUAUACAGGAGUCACACAUGGAAUACAUUCAGCAAAGUUCACUGCAGUGGGUCUGAUGGAUGGAAAGCACUUUGUGUCCUAUAGCUCUCAUAAGAAUAUCCUAAAGCCAGAGUGGAUUAAGGACAUUGUGAAUGACGAGUGCCAAAAGACAGAGGCACAGAUCAAUCAAGAUAAUCAGGCUAAGUUCACUUGUUAUGUGACUGAUGUAAUGGAUGUCUUCAUUCAGACUGAAGGGUUUCACAUCAUGCAGUGGAUGUACGGCUGUGAGCUGCAUGAUGAUGGAACCAAGAGAGGGUACAUGCAGUACGGCUAUGAUGGAGAAGACUUCAUCAGUCUGGAUCUGAACACUGGAACCUGGACUGCAGCCAAUCCGAAAGCUGUUAUAACCAAACAGAAGUGGGAGAAAAACCAGAGAAAAACAGCAGAUUAUUCAAAAGCCUUCCUGCUGAAUCAGUGUGUCAGUUUUUUAAAGAAGGUUUUGAACCACAGCAGAUCCAGUCUGGAGAGUAAAGUCCGUCCUGAGGCGUCUCUGUUCCAGAAGGACUCUUCUUCUCCAGUGGUGUGUCAUGCUACAGGUUUCUUCCCCAAAGCAGUGAUGAUCUCCUGGCAGAAGAAUGGAGAGGAUCUGCAUGAGGACGUGGAGCUCAGAGAGACGCUGCCCAACCAGGAUGGAACCUUCCAGAAGAGGAGCGUUCUGACCGUCUCACCUGAGGAGCUGAACAGACACAACUACACCUGCAUCAUUCAGCACAGCAGCCUGGAGAAGAAGAUGGUGCUACUGGUGUCUGAGCGCAGAGUCCUGUCAGGUGGAGGGUCGGUCGGUCUGAUCAUUGGUGCAGUUGUAGCUGUUCUCCUGCUUGUCGCCAUUGUCUGUGUUGGAUUCGUCAUUUGGAGGAAGAAGUCUGGCUUCAAACCUGUUUCCCAAACACCCUCUGAGGGAGACUCAUCAUCCCGCGGCUCCAAGUGAAAGUCCGUCUUCACUUUAACAGAGUGACAGAGAGGACGCUGGGGUGGAUAUGAAGCUAAAGAGCACUUAAUUUACAGAGAAAUCUGCAGAUAUUUUCUCAUUAAAUACUUCAGUGUGAUCAAUAUUAUUACUUCUUCAUCAAAUCUGUCACAUUUUGGGAAUCCUGGUCGUGAUACUGCUGUUUGAUUUUUUUCAGCUGUUUAUUUGAGUAAAAAGGGUUAAGGGGGUUUGUUAAUUUUGUAUGUGAGUUUAAAUUUCUUUAAUAUUUAGAUAGUUUUCAUGUCUCUGUUUGCUGCUGUUCUGUUAAAUUGCACUGUGCUUUGAUCUGUUCCUCUGCUUUUGGGACAGAGAGUUUUAGUCAUGGGGUCAUAGUCAGUCGCUUUUUUCUUACUCUGAUCUCUAGCAUAUAAUAUAAGAUAUAGUGUAAGAUUUGAACGUUUUCUGUCUGAACGAUCUGUGGACGUUUACUUUAUCAUGCGUGGCUCAGUUAAAAUUCAGCAGGGCUUAUAGAAACAUCCUGAAUCUCUGAAGCUGCUUUUAUUUCUUUAAGACACACUCGUACUUUUCCAGUACUUUGUGUUACACAGCUCACUUUUUAAAUAGUAUGAACCAAAUGAAGUGCUACAUUGAAAGUAACAGCCAUGCAUAAUUAGGGUAUAUAUAUAUUUUUUUGACAAAAUCUUGGCUGGUUUCAGUUGUGUAUUCAUACUUUUCACAAAAUCUAAAAGCCUGGAUCAGUCACUGUCACUGACAACAGCUUCCACACUCAGAGCUGGAGCUUCUCAUCGUUAACUAACUUAUAGCACAGUUCAUCAGACACCUUAGAUGUUGUAUAAGUUUCAAUGCUCUGUAUGUCUGAAACUGAAUUUACUGUACAGUUAAUCACAAAUAAAAACAGCCACAUUUUUAAAUAUAUUCUGCACUUAUUAAGAUGGUGAAUGAUGAAUCUCUUGAUGCAUUUUUACCUAAUUUAAAACUGGGCUUCUAUCAUUUGAAUACUUGUUUAGCAGAUUUUACAAAAAUGAAGCAUAAACAUUUAUAAAAAUAAAAAGCUAGUUGACCCUCAGUAAUCACUGUAACUUCAGAGUUGGUAAGAGAAAUUAAAAAAGUUGUCUUGCACUGAUUAAACUUGAAGAAUCUGUUGAAUAAGUAAUCAAAUGUGUAUAACCUGAAGACUCUGUUCUAUCAGUGUAAAACUCUGACUAAAAAAUAAACCAAAUUUCUCCA